AUGGACACGAGCUUGACUGCGGAUGUAGGUGGCGCGCAUAUUGUCCUUCGAUAUCCUCUCAAUUUGGUCGAGCAGGCUGGUCCCAGCAGACGAGUGCCGCUCAGAAGAUCCAGCAGCGGUCGCCACGCUCAACGCAAACCAUCCCCUGUCAUAUCUACUCCGCCGAAGACCACACACUACCCUGAGGACCAUACACAUUAUACGAUGUCUUCACAACCUACACUGAGGCGAAAGCCCUCUGGAUCAGUCCCGCUUAUGGAUUUCGAUGAAGUCCCGCAGACGCAGGCUCAGGAGUCUAAGGCGAACAAGCCCCGCCCCAUCAGCUACCCACCACCCAUCCCAGGACCCGGAAUACUUCUACUCCCAGGCGAUGAAGUAGACUUGCUUGUCCGCGAUAUGGGCCGGAAGUGUGGGCUGAACAAGACGAAACGGAAGCGCGUCUCAUUCACAGAUGACAUUGCUGUUAUCGGGGGCGACCGACGCGUCAAGGCCAGGCGCGUAUCGGAACCCUACAAUCUACAUUGUCGUCCGUUCAGGAAACAUGCUGAGGAUGAGUAA